AUGCCCGAGUGCCACCACUGCAGUGUGGUGCCGCUCUUCCGCUUGUACAACCAAAGCGCCAAGGACCACUUCUACACCACCAGCGCGCAGGAGCGCGACAACGCCCUGGUGUCGAUCGGGUACGGCAACGAGGGUAUCGCGGCCUACGUCUUCCCCGAGGCCGUCAACGGCGCCAUCCCGCUCUACCGCCUCUAUAGCGCGGGCAGAAAGGACCACUUCUACACCACGAACGCGCAGGAGCGCGACAACGCGGCGUCCAAGAUCGGGUACACGAACGAGGACAUCGCCGCGUUCAUCUACCCGGACGCGAGGCACGGGACUGUCCCUCUGUACCGGAUGUCCUCGCCGUCGGCGUUGGACCACUUCUACACGACGAACGCGGUGGAGAAGGACAACGCGGUUUCAAAGUUGGGCUACUUGGACGAGGGAAUUACUGGGUACGUGAACCCGGGGAAACACGCGCAAGGCUGCUGA